UUAUAUUUACAACGGUUCCGAAAUAAAUAAACUUCAAUGGUAGUUGUCGUUUUGUACACAAAGAAGUAAAUCAACAGCAAUGAAUUAUCAAAAACAAGUUUAAAAUCUUAGGAACUGUAACAUGAACAUGAUGGAGAAACAUUCCUGGAGAAGAAAAUAAACAAAGAUAUGUGUUACUCUCGAUCUUAAAAGCAAAAAAUAUACAUUAAAGAAUGGCGAAUACAGACACAGACUGCAAAAUGACGGAUCUGUCACUUGCUAUAGCUAGUCUUUUAUUGUAUAUUAAAAAGACCAAGAACUAUUGUCAAUCGCAAUUAGACGUUUUGUCAGAGAAUGUAAAAAAAGAAGUUGGAAAACAAAUCAGACAGAACGAAAGCCUCAAUGAAAAAGUCAGGAAAGUUAAAGAUGAUUUGGAAAACUACAAGUUCCAACUGGAAAUUCUGUCAAAAAAUAAAGAAGAUUUAGAAUUAAAAUUAGAGGAAGUCAGGCUUCAGAAUUUAACGUAUGAAAAGAAACGGGAGGGCAUUUUCGAAGACAACAUGAGGCUUAAUGAGAAGGUCGAGCAGCUUGAAAUAAAUAAUGCUUUUCUCAUAGAUAGACAUAAAAAAGAAAUUGAAAAACAUGUCAGAGUCAAAGAGAGAAACAACCAUCUUCAUACCAAAGAGCAAACGCGUUUAAAAUCGUACAUUUCUGUCUUGGAGAUAAAGACAAAGGAGUAUCAAGAUAAAGUUAUUGGGAUUAAUCUAAAACGUGAAAAAGAGAUUCAAGAAACAGAAAGAAACAUGCAUCAAUUACGAGUAAACCUUCAGGAAAAACAGAAAUGCAUAGAACAAAAAGAUGAAGUCAUCACUUCAAACGAAAAAAAGAUUAAAGUCCAGUGUGCAGUGAUAGAUCACCUUCGUGAACAAAUAAAAGACAUGGAGAUUAAAAAUGAAAAAGAGCAUGAAAUAAGAAAAAAGGGUGAAGGAAAACAAAUAAUUAAAAGGAAAAAGGAAAAAGUAUUUGAUGAGUUGGAAAGCGAUGCUGUGAAAAAUAGAGAAGAACACAUAUCUAUAGUAAAUGACAAAUUAAAGCAAUGUACACAUCUGGUUCAUAACAAAGAGUCAAAAGUUCUUGACAUGGCAAACACUCUACAGACAGAAAAAAAAGUCUUUGACAAAAAAAUACAGUUUUAUGAGAAUGAAAUUGCCAGGAAAGACGAAAUGGUUGUCGAAAUCAACGACAUAAUGGGCAAAAUGAAAUCAGACUCAAAAGCAUUAGGAAAGAAAGUGAAGGAAAGAGAUGCCAAAAUAGAUGUACUUAAUGCACAGCUUCAGCAAAUUCAAAAGCAACAAGAUGACUCUCAGAAAAAUGUCGGAAACAUCAUCAAUUCAAAACAGAAAUUGACAUUUGAUCUUACACAGGACGUUGAACAGCGGGACUUUAAAAUAAUUAGUCUAGAGAAAAAAAUCAAACAGGAAUCAUUAGAAAACCUUCUUGAAAGAGAACACAAAAUUGAUGCUGCAGUGAAAACUGAGAUUGCGGAACUGAAAAGACAAUUAAAACUUACAAAAUCAAAACUACACGACGCUGAAGCUAAGCUCGAUGACACUAAGACUAGACUAAGUCAAGACAUGGUGGACCGUUUGACAGAAAACGAGCGAAACAUAACUGAUUUAAGCGACAGGAAUCGUCCAACAAAACUUGCUGAGAAAUGUGCAGAGCUGUAUGAUAAUCAAUGGACGGAUGCAUUUGAAGUUCUUGAAACAUAUUUUGCAAAUGAUGAGGCUGUAAUCGAAGCUCUAUUGCAUAUCUUAAAGGCAACCAUGACCUUUUGUGAAGAUAAGGCCCAAUUCCAGAUUGAGGAACUAGGGAAAGUAAUCAUUUUUGCAGAUACACAAAUAUCUGCGAACUUGCCACAUGGUGUGCAAAAACAGUUAAAGAAUACCAGACAGACAAUGGCAUUAUUAGCAGUUGAAAACCUACGCAAGAUGUUUAUUUCUUAUCUAAGUCAAUCAACAGAUCAAACAGUGAAGAAAGCUCUUGAAAUCAAGGAAUUUACGUUUGCAUGCCUUGAAUUGUGCUGGUUUAUGAUGGUAAAUAACCCUCCUGUUGCAUUUGCUCCAGUGCAUGCAAAGUGUUCGGACUUCAACUCAGAUUUAUAUAAACCGUACUCAUAUGGUGGGGCGCACAUCGACUUUGUGGUAUGGCCUGCUUUGCUUUUACACGAAGGAGGUCCAGUUCUGGCAAAAGGUGUAGCUCAAGGGUAUAACAAAUAAAAAGGAAUAUGACCAUGAAAUCAAUAUGGAACACGUGAUGUUCAUUUAAAUCAAUGAUUCCUUUAUGACAUUAGAGAUCGUUUUUGAUUAAGAAUAUGAACUCUUGUGAUUUAAAUAUGGUCUACCUUUUUAGCUUUUGGAAUCAAAUAUUGUUUAACUUUGAAUAGAUUGUGAUAAUUUUUAAUGUGUUUAAUAAUAUACAACUACAAACUUCUUUUGAUGUCUACAUAAAGUUGUUCAUACUGAAAAAUAUGGUUCGAGGUCGAUAUAACAAUUAAUACAUGUAUCAUGGCAGAAAACCUAUUUAUUGAUAGAAACAUAGGGCAAAUUUAAUCGUCAUUCGCUAUUAUAAUGUCUGUCUUCCUUUUGACAAAAAUACCACGCCAAGAUAAAACUUUCAGGUAUACUCCUAUAUGUCGGUCUUUGUCUUUUUAUAUCAAAUGGGAAUAUUUUUGAAUUACUGCAAUUGGAUAAGUAAACACUGAAAGUUCAAGUUUUUAAAAAUAUUAACGAAAAACAAACUGACGAAAAUUAUAAAGAUAUCUUAUACGAAAUCCCACCUUUAUAGAUAUCUCUGGUUUUGUUUAAUGUUCUUAUUUAUUUCACUUCAAAAUAGGCGAUGUUGAACGGAACAAACUAUGCCAAUCAUACGGGCAGAUUGAUAAUGCGAUAUUCAAAUUAUACAUAUUAGUAAAUUAAUUUUGUUUCAGUCUCUACCGACAAUCAUAUUUUUUUGAGCAAACGACAUACUCGAAAUUAAAAAUCAAAACUUUGAGUACGAAUACAUUUGAUAGACUCAGUGUAUGUUUUGUACAUGAUUGCAGCUGUGGUAAACUUACCAAUCUGUCCAUAUAAUUAUGCUGAAUUAUGUAAUUAUUAUGUUAUAUUUUGCAAUUUAAGGUUAUGUCAUUGAUCAUUUAUUUUAUAUGUUUACUUUUGAUCAAGAGAAGUAAUCUUAAUAAGUCUUAAGAUUUCCCUUGACAGAGUAGUACAUCCGGACGCUUGCAGAAAUCAUUAUGAUCACAAA